GAUGUUGUGCAGUGCGCGGAUGGGGUCGAUUCGCGAUCCUCGAUUCCUCAUCCGGUCCUUCUGUUCGAAGAAAAGUGCUCGACCCUCAUCGUUCCAGGUCGACGGCGAGAUAUAUCCGACGGACGACUUCACGAACGUUACGCCGACGAUUCUCCGGCACGUCGAGAAUCGGUGUCGACCGCUGAAAACUUUUCUUCAUGGAAACUCCACCUCCAGCCGAAGCACCCGAUAAAUUUGUUCAAACAGCGGAUCGUUGCUCAUUUCAACAAAAAAUUCUGCAACCGUCGAGGCACCCCAAUAUUCUCCGUGUUCGAUAGACUCUCGCCCGUCGUCAGCCUUGAGCAGAACUUCGACUCCCUUCUGGUGCCCGCAAAUCACCCUUCUCGCGCGAAGAGCGAUUCAUAUUACAUCAAUGAGAAUCUUAUGCUGCGAGCGCACACUUCGGCUCACCAGAGAGAUUUGAUAGCGUCCGGCCUCGACGCUUUCCUUGCCAUAGGCGAUGUCUAUCGCCGCGACGAGAUUGACCGAACGCAUUAUCCAGUGUUCCAUCAGGUCGAAGGAGUUCGACUCCUCACCAAGGAGCAGCUCUUCAAGAAACAAGCUGACAGUCUCAACCUUUUCGAGACCUCAUCCACCGCAUCGAAAGUCGACAUCGAUAACAAGCAAUCAUGCCAUUCAAUGGAAACCGCAAAGCUGUUAGAACAUGAGUUGAAGAGCGCUCUUGAAGGCAUGGUUUCCGAUAUUUUCCAAGAGAAAUUGGAAUUCAGAUGGGUCGACACAUAUUUCCCGUUCACGCAUCCUUCCUUCGAGCUCGAAAUCAAGCUCAACGAUGUAUGGAUUGAGUGUCUUGGCUGCGGUAUCGUUCGACAAGAAAUUCUUCGGAAGGCUGGAGUUCAAGAGAAGGUCGCUUGGGCAUUCGGAAUAGGUUUGGAGCGGAUCGCUAUGCUGUAUUACGGGAUUGAAGAUAUUCGGUCAUUCUGGAGCGAAGACCCGGGCUUCAACGCACAGUUCAACUUCUCCGACCCUUUCAAGAGGAUACAAUUCAAAGCAAUCUCAACGCACCCCGCUUGUAUCGCAGAUAUGUCCUUCUGGGUACCGGACCAGUUUGAGCCCAAUGACUUCUACGACAUUGUGCGAUCGAUCGGAACCGAUCUCGUUCAGGAGGUCGCUCAGAUUGACGUUUUCAAGCAUCCGAAAACGUCGCGUACUUCGCAUUGCUACCGGAUCACGUAUCGACACAUGGACAGAGCACUGACACAAAGUGAAGUCAACGUCAUCCAUAAUUCGAUCGCCCAAGCCGCGAAAGGUGCUCUCGACGUAGAACUGAGAACGAUCGCAAAUGUGAAGUCUUAGAUUGCUCCGGUGGAUCUGGAGCCUCCAUAUCCACCGUGGAUGUAAAUAAAUUGAUUGAAAAAGG